UCCUCCCUCCACCGCCGCCGCAUCUCUUCCUCGCGCAGCCGCCGCCGCCGCCGCGAGAUCUCCGGCUGCCCGCGCCAUGGUCGCCGCCUCCGGCCUCGCGCUGCCGCGGGCGGCCGCACCCUGCCCGGCGCGCACGCGCGCUGUCCCCCGGGCCGGCUUCCUCCGAUUCGCGCCGCCGGUGGCGCUGCCACCGCAGCAGCUACGGUGCUGCGCGUCCACUGUCGACGAUGGUGUGGUGUCCGCAGAGGCCUCCAAGCCCCGCCUCCCCAGAGUGGUUGGUAUGGGCUCAAAGCUCGUUGGGUGCGGAUCAGCCAUCCCAACACUUAGCAUUUCAAAUGAUAACCUGUCGAAAAUAGUUGAAACAUCAGAUGAAUGGAUUGCAGCUCGGACUGGGAUUCGGAAUAGGCGAGUUCUUUCAGGAGAUGAAACAUUGCGAGGGCUCUCAAUACAGGCGGCACAAAGGGCACUUGAGAUGGCUCAAGUAAAAGCUGAAGAUGUGGACCUUGUUCUCCUUUGUACAUCUACUCCAGAUGAUCUGUUUGGAGGUGCCGCUCAGGUGCUGACGGAAGUGGGGUGCACAAAUGCAUUUGGAUUUGAUAUUACAGCUGCCUGCAGUGGAUUCAUUGUUGGCUUAAUCACAGCUACGCGUUUUAUCAAAGGCGGGGGUAUUCGGAAUGUCCUAGUAGUUGGUGCAGAUGCUCUUUCAAAAUUCGUAGAUUGGACAGACAGAGGUACAUGCAUCCUUUUUGGCGAUGCUGCCGGUGCUGUGUUGGUUCAGGCAUGCAGUGCUGAUGAAGAUGGUUUGCUAGGUUUUUGUGUUCAAAGUGAUGGCAAUGGACAAAAGCACCUAAAUGCUGCAACGUCAAAUGAUGAGUCAAUCUUAUCCAACACCAAUGGUGUUCCUGGAUUUCCACCAAAGAAGGCAACCUACUCAUGCAUUCAAAUGAAUGGAAAGGAAGUUUUCCGCUUUGCUGUGCGAUGCGUGCCGCAGUCCAUUGAGAAGGCUCUCGAAGAAGCUGGUUUGCCUGCCUCCAGUAUCGAUUGGUUGUUGUUACAUCAAGCUAAUCAGCGGAUUAUUGAUGCUGCUGCCAGCCGUUUAGAUAUCCCAUCUGACAAGAUUAUUUCAAAUCUUGCUAAUUACGGCAACACCAGUGCAGCAUCCAUCCCAUUAGCAUUGGAUGAGGCUGUUCGCAGCGGCAAGGUGAAGACCGGUGAUAUUAUUGCGGCUUCAGGUUUUGGAGCUGGACUUACCUGGGGUUCGGCCAUUGUCAAAUGGGGCUAAUUAUUCUCCGUGAAGUCAGUGAACCAUGGCAACACAUCAAAGAUAUUGCUUCAAUGGCUCUGCAUUGGCCUCGGGGGCCUAUGUUUGUUUAGUGGUUCAUUUCCCCCAUUUCUCUGUGCAACCUUUUUCUUUUGCAUCUGUCGGUCUUUCUUGCACAUGAAAAAUUAGUGGCAUUUUGUCUUAUUCAUCAAUUCCUUUGGUUCAUUACACAGCUCAGUUGUCCAUGUGGUUAGCAGAAAGCUUGUAAUGUAGUUCGCAGUAGUUUUGAGUUGUCGAUGGAAAUAUUUGCAUUUUGCAUCGAGAUGACAAUGACGGCACUAAAGAGGAGAGUACACUGUAAAUUUAAUGGGCCUUUUUUGUCGGAAACUUUUACUGAGCUAUGGUUGAUCUUGUGGCCCCAAGCAAUAAGCAUGUACACGGAGAGAUGGACAUAUAAUGUAGGACGAUGCUUGGUAUA